AUGGAGAUUAUGGAAGAUGGUAACUUAGUAGAUCGUGUCAGAAUUUUGUUGCAGCGUGACAUGCAAUAUUAUCAGGAAAUGCAGACAGUGUUAAAGGAGCCAUUGUGUACACGUAUAUGCGGAGGGAAGCUUGAUUUUCCAAGACACGCUUCAUUCGCCGCUAUCAAAAUUGUCACAUGGUGGGAAUUAGACUUCCAAGCUGCUUUCAAACGCCACUCUGGAUUUGCUACUUCUGAUGAAUGUGAAACUGCCGGAAGCGUAGGAAAUGAGGAUAGAGUUAUUAAACAAAUACAACCAUCCGAAUUCAUGUUAACAGUAGUUGAUACUGCUGAGCAAUUAUUAGAACAUUUACAUUUGCUCAUUCAAGAAUCAUUGGAUCAUGCAGAUUUAACAGUAUUAACGGCCACUUUGGGAGCAGCAGCAUUAGUACGAAACUGCUUAUGGUGUUAUAAUCAACAAACUAAAAACACAAUUUCUGCUCUAACAAGCGAAAUGGUGAACAAAUCAUACAAAUCUUAUCAUGAAAUGGCUGAGGCUGUAGCAGAGAGAUUAUUAGAUUUACACUGUCGCUUAAUAUCAUUAUAUGUACUCAACGAAGCUGAUUCUCUGAACUGGCAUGAUACAAAGCCAUUCUUUGAACGUGAGCGUUGCUCCUUUGUGAUACAAAUGUGGUGGCUGUACAUGCAAGGAACAAGAACAGAUUUAUGGGACACUGUUUCGCCAAAAAUGGCGCAACGCAUCUUUUCUGGAAUAUUGAAUGAAUCAUUAUCCAUCAUUGUGACGAGAUUUAUUUAUGUUCGACCGAGUUUAGCACGAUCAGAACAGUUUUGGACAGAUGCCUUUAAUGUUCUCUGUUGUACGGGCUACCUUGCUUUGGGCGCUUGUGUGAAUGUUAACGAGAUGAUUGGAACAAACUUAAGUAAACUGCCAAUCGCCAUUAGGGACAUUCACGCCAAGUGCAACGAGUUGCUGAUUUGCUUGUUAUUAAGAGGCACACCGGUUCAAGAAUUAUACCAGAUUUUUCGUACGGGACUCGAUAAUUUAACAAUUUUGCAACCACGUCGUGGACCUGCUCCGUGGUUGUUGAUAUGUGCGCCGAACUUAUCAGGUUCGGUCGACUCUGACGUUUAUAUUGUAAACUUACCUGAAGACCGAGCUGUAAUUCUAGAAUUAAAUGUACUUACACAUCAACCGCAACCGAAUUGGCCCCAAUUAGUGAAGGUGCUCAUUAUGAACGAUUAUGCAGUAGCCAAAAUAUUAUUGAACACUUUAAUUCACGACUGUGGUAAUUUCACAUCUGAAGACAAUUAUGAAAAUUUAAAGUUGGGCGUAGACGGAAUAAAUUGCAGUGGUUUUUUGUGUAAUAGCAUGGCAUGCAAUCAUUACAUGAAACUAACAUCGGCGUUGAGCCAGUACAGCCUAAUGCACAUUCUGACCUGUAUAGCACAAGAACCUGAUCAUCUUAUUGUGUCUGGAUUAAGGCAAAACCACGAAUGGUCGAAUUACCUGGAUCGCCAACAGGUCUGGAAUCAGUGUAGGCCGCCAUGGCUGCAUGCAAUUCUGAAACCGUUAAAGGACAUGAUGCCGCCAAUUAUUGAAAUCCUGUUGGAAGCCGUAAGGACAGGAGCUAGCAUCUAUCAAGCAAUGUCGCUAGUAAUCGGCUGUUUCACCGAAUUAUAUGUAACGUUACCAAUUGCGAUUUUGAAGACUGCACUGGCGUUAAACGAUACUGUCCCCGCCCAUUGUCACCCAAUCAGUGGUAACGUUCUUUUCCAUAUUCUCUGUGUAUCUCUUUAUACCGCCCUUCUGGAGUUUUCUACCAACUGUAAACUGGAAACGAAAUUUAGUGGAAGUCCCAAAGAAACGUAUCGGGAAUUAAAUUUAUUCGAAUCCAGUGAUACAUCAUCAGUUGUGACCACCUUGGCUGAAGCUAUCUGCAGCAUUGACGAGGACAAUAAACACACGUCUCAAAUUGACGAUUUUUUUCAACUCGUUAAUGAAAACAUUCAAAGGACGAAUACGACACCUGGUAUUAAAGAACUAACAAGUAUGCCUUCCAUUAUUGAAAUGUGCACCGAUGAAUUAUUGUUUACUGAAUCCGGACGGCAAGCUUUAAAGGUAACACACGAAUAUUUAAUCCGUGCAUCUGAUUUAUUAUUGAACAAUCUACGCAAGAAUGACGUCCCAAAGUGUUUAACGAAUAUACCAGAAAUAAAUCCUCUUGUGAAGCCCUUAACAUACAUAAUGUUUCACAUCGAAGACACCACGUUUGAUCAGUUUCUUACUGAAUACGAAAGGACAAAUUGGAGUAAGGCUCUGACGAUACCUCUUUCCAUUACGAUGGAACGUGCUCGAAGCCAAAUAUUAUUGCGUCCGGAAUUCAAAAAUCCUAGCGAAUUAACGCACGCAGAUAGAGAAGCAAUGCAUUGUAUUAAGAAGAUUUGCUCUUCUACGAAAACGACACACUUCAAAUAA